AUGAAGUGGACGGGAACUCCGAUGAUAAUUUCCUAUAUCUCGAUUGCCGUCUUAUUGAUCAUUUUGGUAUGCAUAACUAUUCUUGCGACGCACCACUCAAAACGAAAGUUCACUAAUGAUGUUAAUCAAACCGAUACCAGGACUAUCCAAGACAACAUAAAAUCCGAGAACAUUAAGAACUACCUCCGCAUCUUCUCAAAAGAACCCCACCUUUCUGGAAGCGAUGCAAAUAAAAAAGUGGCAUAUGCAAUUGCAAAUGCGUGGAUGGAAGCUGGUCUUGAAGAUGUACACAUGCUGCCUUACGAAGUUUUGUUGUCUUAUCCAGACUUUGAGAAUCCGAAUUCCGUUGUUAUUCGAAAUUCAGAUGGUGAAGAAGCAUUCCGGAGUAAAGGGGUCAGUCCGGUUAUUAUCCCUGAUGAGCAAUCAGGAAAAUAUGCCGGGCAUCAAUGGCUAGCUUAUGCUGGCAACGGUACUGUUUCUGCCGAGAUAGUGUAUAUCAAUCAUGGAACCGCAGACGAUUUCGAAAACUUAAAAUUGAUGGGGGUCGAUGUGAAGGAUAAGAUUGCUCUGAUGAGAUAUGGGCAUGGUUUUCGAGGUGACAAAGUGUACAAAGCACAACAAGCUGGAGCAGUUGGAGCAAUUCUGUUUUCUGACCCUUGGGAUGUUGCUCAAGAUGGCGUUGAUUCUGAUCAUGUCUAUCCAAAAACGAUCUGGAUGCCAAACGAAAGUGUUCAAAGAGGAUCAUUAAUGCACGGGCAUGGAGAUCCACUCUCUCCUUAUUAUCCUUCGAAGAUAGAACUCUUUAAAGGAAAAACUAUAAAGGAGGCUUAUGACGAUGGAACGCUCCCUUCCAUCCCAGUACUUCCCGUAUCGUAUACUACUGCGCUACAAUUGAUGAAGAGAAUUUCGGGUCUGGAUGCUCCUUUCGAUUGGCAAGGAUCAGUCGGAGGAAACCUCACAUAUAAACUUGGUCCGGGUUUCGGCAAUGGCGAGAAGUUAACAAUAAAUGUGCACAGUGAGCUCAAGACCAACCAUAAAGUGGUCGGGUCUGGUUUUUUGGUUUGUGGUUUGAUUCGUCUACGGAUUCAAAAUGUUAUUGGAUACAUCCGAGGUUCCAAAGAGCCAGAUCGCUAUGUUAUGCUUGGGAAUCAUUUCGAUGCAUGGGUGUAUGGAUCAGUGGAUCCCAAUUCUGGAACAGCUGCUUUGGCGGAAGUGGCAAGAGCAAUGAUGCAGACGAUCAAUGAAACUCAUUGGAGGCCUGCCCGUACUAUUGUGUUCAAUGCAUGGGAUGCAGAAGAAUUCGGUCUGAUAGGUUCCACUGAAUUUGUCGAAGAGUUUGUGGAUAUUUUGCAAAAGCGGGCCGUGGUUUAUAUUAACAUGGAUUGUAUUCAAGGAAACUCCAGUUUUCAAAGUUACAGACAUGUCGAAACAGUUCCCACUUUGGAGCACGUCGCCAUUGAAGCAGCAAAACGAGUUCCUAACCCUUCGAAGGAAGAAAAAUCGAGCGGGAGAGCUACAGUUUACGAUACUUGGAUGAACGUUUUUCCUGACAAGGAAGUGGGUCAUCCGAAGAUCCGUGUUCCUGGUGGUGGCUCCGACCAUGCGCCCUUUCUGAACUUUGCAGGUGUCCCUGUCGUAAAUUUUAAAUACAAAAAUUACACGGCGUAUAGUACUUACCCAUUGUAUCAUACCAUGUACGAGACACCUUUCACUAAUAUCCACCUAAUGGAUACCGACGAUCUUGCAGUACAUAGAGCAAUUGGGCAGUAUUGGGCAGAAUUAGCAGUAAUGUUUGCGGAUAAGACGGUUCUACCAGUAAAUACAACAAAUUUGGCAUCUGUUAUGAUCAAAAGCUAUCUUCCUCAAUUGAAAACUUCCAUUUUAGGAAUGAACGUUUCGAGAAUCGAUUUGGACAGUAUCCUCGAACAGUAUGCUCUUUUAUCUAAUAGUGCUCAGGACUUGCUCAAAGUGGCAAUAAGAUUCCAAGAUACUAGACAGUAUCAUGAUACAAAUCACGUUCGAGCUGUGAACGAGAGACUGAUCAGCAGUGAAAGAUGUUUUAUAAAUCCACGAGGUGUAUCCAAGCACAAUCCUUCAGCAAGACAUGUUAUGUUCUCGGUCAGUGAUUCGGACGCAUACUCGAAUUCCCUGUUCGCUGGAAUUCAAAACGCAGUGAGUAUGGACAGCUACGAGAUAUCCCCGUCAACGAGCAAUUUGCGAGAAGUCAUAAACCAGAUUUCGAUUGUUCAAUAUUCGGUGAUAUGUGUUAUCAAUACUCUUAAAGAUGCGAUUUAA